GUGACUUCCUCUUCCGUUCGCGUCGCCUGCUGGUGGGUGUGCGGUCCGGUCCUUAAAAGCACAAUCCUUGAACCAGCAAGAUGGUCAGGGAGGACAGGAGAAAAUGGAAGGAGAACUACUUCAGCAAGCUGUCUGCUUGUCUGGAUGAAUACCCCAAGUGCUUCAUUGUCGGUGCCGACAAUGUCGGCUCGAAGCAGAUGCAGCAGAUCCGCAUGGCACUCCGCGGGUCGGCCACGGUCGUCAUGGGCAAGAACACCAUGAUGCGCAAGGUCAUCAAGGGAAAGCUGGACUCCAACCCCCAUCUGGAGAAGCUGUUGCCACACAUUGUUGAAAAUGUCGGCUUUGUCUUCACCCGUGAAGAGCUGGGUGAUGUCCGCGACAAGCUGCUCAGCAAUAAGGUGAAAGCCCCAGCCCGUGUGGGAGCUAUCGCCCCUCUGAACGUGGUGGUGCCAGCCCAGAACACCGGUCUUGGACCCGAGAAGACUGCUUUCUUCCAGGCCCUCUCUAUUGCCACCAAGAUCUCCAAGGGAACCAUUGAAAUUAUCAAUGAUGUGAACCUGAUCAUGGAGGGGGACAAGGUUGGCAGCUCGGAGGCCACGCUGCUAAACAUGCUGGGCAUCUCUCCGUUCUCGUAUGGUCUGGUCGUCAAGAAGGUGUACGACUCGGGCACCGUGUUCGACCCCAGGGUCCUGGACCUGACCACGGACGACAUCGUGGCCUCGUUCCUCAGCGGCGUCCGCAACGUCGCUGCCGUGUCCAUCUCGAUUGGCGUGCCCACCGCCGCCUCUGUGCCGCACUCCAUCAUCAACGGCUUCAAGAACCUGCUGGCAGUGGCUGCCGAGACGGACAUCACCUUCAAGGAGGCGGAGGAGGUCAAGGCCUACCUGGCCGACCCGUCCAAGUUCGCGGCCGUUGCUGCUGCCCCGGUGGCGGAGGCUGCCCCCGCUGCCGCGGCCGCCCCGGCGAAGGAGGAGUCCGACGAGUCGGAUGAUAACCUGGGCUUCAGCCUGUUCGACUAGAGCCCUGCGCGUGACGACAUUGUCGGCACCCGAUGUCAUUACUUGGGACGGGGUCUUCAGCCGCAUAUCUGGUGACCGUACCGGCCGCGGCCUAGAUCCCAAUAUAUUGGCAUCGUCCA